AUGUCGUACGAGCUCAUGGCCUUUGACGAGCUCCUCGUCUUCGGCAUCCCAUCUAGCUAUGUCGGAGUGAGUGGCGAUGGUAAAACUAAAUGUGGCAAUGUCGUGUCUACCGAGAACGUCCGGGUCGCAACGAUACUUCUGGAGGCCAUACAAUCUGGAGCAAAGACAACAUACAUCGAUGAAUGGAUUCGAGACCUCACGGUACUUUGCCUUUGUGGAAGAAGACAUCAUGACCAGAAGUCUACAGUCGUCAACUUGUGGACACUCGACGUGCGAGCGUUUGGUAUCUUGGACAGCACCAAUAGACCAUCGAGCACUCAGAACAGAACCGCACAGUCUGCAGCCACUAUCGUUGCGGAUAUACCGCACGCCUCAGCACAAGAGUUUCGAAAGAUGAAAGAGUCUUUACGGAUCAUGGAGGCUCAGCUUGACCAGACCAGAGCGAUUCACGGAUUUGCACAAAAAAAUUGCAGAGCGUUACUUGAGAGUGCUAGAGCGUUCCAACAAAGACUAUGCCGCGUUGCAGAGGUUAACUGA